UGAUACAACGGCUUGUCAAAGUGUUUUCUUCGUCAGAAAGAAUUCCAUCAACCUCUCUCUCUCUUCUCCCUCGCUCUCUUAAAAGAAAAAAAAAGUGUGACGAUUUCUGUCAAUACUUUACUUUUUUAAGCUAUCCCUGGAGAAUAAGAGAACUCAACGGGUGUAAUCACCAGUGCGAUAUAAAAUAAAAGAGCCUGUGAAUUAUCAGACGGUCUCGUUUAUUACUUGAAGCCGGGAAAUAAUUGCCCAAGUUUCCAUUCGUUCGCGCUGCACCAAUCAGCGCACAGAUUUUCUAAUUGGCUCUCGUGGGACCAGCGCCGUGUUUCGUGACGACAAAGCUUUGAUGUCAUUUUGCAUUUUGUCCCUGAUUAAGUUUUUGAUUAACGCGGUGCUCAUGUGCCUUCACGCAGUUGAGUAACAGCUGCCAGUUGGGAUUAAUUUCAAGACAUCUCAGAAAGGACGACGACAUCCACUCAAAGACAAAGAAAAAUUACUUUUCGUGAAAAUAAAUCCUCUCCAUUACUUCCGAAUCGCGAAAAAUUCAAACAUCGAUCUUUCCACCACUCGCGCUUGAAGCCGACAUCGCUCCGUCUUGGUUAAGUUGUAGACCUAAUUAUCCAGGAGGAAUCGGAGCAACUGAAUGUUUUACCCAAAUGCUUAUCUUCGAGAACUUCUACCUGGGUGCCUGUUUUUUCUGUGCUAUGGACGCCACGGAUUUGCUAUGGAUCUCGGUCACGGUAAACGUCUCCGCGGCUCUUUUCUUCCUCUCCCGGGCACUCAUCGGGCGCUUGGCGGCCAGAUGGCGGGAUGCGAUCGAGGACAAAUCCGUCUGGCGCUCCGUAGUGGAUAAGCACGAGGACGAACCUUGGAGGUUUCCCAGAUUUUGCAUUGACGUAGUUCAAAGCGCCGCAAUGACGAUUGCUGGAUUCACCAUCCUGUGCGUCGAUGACGUCAUUCAUCAUCCCUUCAGGGGUACCUUCAGUAACAUCACCAAGAUAGGUUUCGCCAUCGCCAUCGGCUGCUACAUCUACCGCACCUUCCAGGACUCUAUUCUCCACACCAAGGUCAAGCAUUUCAAGGUCGAUUUGGUGCACCAUCUCGUCACCAUCGCAGUUUAUGGAGUGUUCCUGACGUACCGCGAGAACGCCCUCUUCGGAGCGAUUGGUCUGAUAUGCACCGGAAGUGUGCCCAGCGUGGAGAUGACGAGGCUGUUGAAGGUGGUGUCUGAGGCAAGCGGGAAACCCACCACACUGAUGGGUUCCUACCGAUGGAACCUGCUCAUCGGAGCCGCGAUUACAUUCGUUGUUCGGCUCGUGAUUCCCUUGAUAUUAGGUACUUUCGCCAUUGUCACGACUUCACCGUUGACAAUGUCCAUACCGGUUGUUGCUUUCUUUUUCACGUCCUUGAUGUUCUUCGGUUCAAUCAACCUCUGGCUAUGUGGCAUGGCCAUCCUAGCCAUCCACAGGCGCAAGAGACGAUACAUGAAGGAUGUCUACGUGAGCGCGUUGGAUGGCCAAAGCAGAAAGACAUUCCCGACCACGCAUGCGCAACAAGCCACAAUUCUUGCCAAACAGAACCCCAUCAAAUCGAGGCUUACGACUCCUUGUGCCAAUGUGAACCUUACCCCUUCCAUUCAAACCCUAACGAAAAUGUCAAAUAACCAUUCGCUGCCCAAUAACUAUGUCAAGGUGCCUGUGAAUGAGGCCCUGGUCCUACCUUUCAGGGACAGUUUCAGAUACCAAAGGGGUAGGUCUUCAGAGGAGUCGAGUCAAUCCGGUAGCAACCGAAACUCGGGGGAGCUGAUGGUUGUUGAGGGUGCUGUGGAUCGGCAAAGAGCUGUUCGGUUCAUUGUGCCAAGGUCAACAUCAAGUCGAGACUCGGUUACAUCACUUACUAGCGCUACCACCGCUUCUCCAAACAAUGGGGGAUCACCGCAACCCGUAGCUCGGCGAAUGGACCAAACACUUAGUGGAAGAACUCGUGCGUCAUCCUCUAUGACAGACGCGGAUCCGACGCCCACCACCCCCGCGACAGUUUCACCGGCAACGAUUGUUACAUCAACUAACACGAGGCCGCUUCCAGCACCAACAUCAACUCCAUCACAACUGUCCCUUGGUGAUCCAAUACCAAGUCCAAUGUUAACUUUAAGUACAAGUACGGAACUGAAUCGGAAGGAAAGGACACCAAUUACGCAGUCGUCUUCAUCCACUCGGCGAAUGCAUGCGCAUCGUCCUACACAGGCAAACAUGAGUUUGGAUAACCAAACGACCGUUGCACUCUCGAGUUCGCGGUUGUCAUCGAGACCGAACCUCGAGAGCGUCAACGAUGAAGUGCAAGAUCGGCGGAACUCUACGCCGUCGAGUAGAUCACAAAUUCUGAACACGAUGAACAAUCUAAACGGACCAAAUACUGUAUUAUCAGGACAUAACACUGGAAAUGGUUGACAUCCACAGCUAUAUUUAAUGAUGAUGAAACUGUGACGUUUAAAUAAUAAGACGUAUUUAUAUAAAUAUUUAUUACUUCUUGCCCAUUCCUGUAUGCCAAUUAAUACUGGUGUUAGUCUGCGUCAAUUGAAAGCGUUUUUUCUUUCCUUCAUUUUGUAUUGGGUUCUCCAACAUAUUACCUUGCAUUGUUAUCAUAUUUUGUUAAUCGAUUGAGGAAUUACAUGGAACUUGUUUCCUCAACACUGUGCAAGACAGACAUCAAGUAUGCUCGUCGCACAAUAGGCGUCACUUUCCUGACGUAGAAUUGCGUCAAUGACUAGCGCAACCUUUGACGCGCAAGGUACGAGUAAUAUGGUACAAUACGUGAUUGAAAAAAUGAACGGUCCCAAAACUGCGUCGACUUAAUGGCGCAUGCGCUAUUUCUUUCCACAUGCGUCAUUAGUUUAGGAUAUAAUAACGCAAAUCAAAAUGACGCUCUAUGACCAUCGCGCAUUAGUAAUGUUUAUAAGAUGAUGACGUAGAUCCUAAUAAAAUGAUUGGUUGAAAGCGUACACGUGACCAGGCAUUUAUUUUGCCUAACACGUAAUUUGGGUAAUGACCGGUCAUUAGCGAUCAUGUUUUGCGAUCGCAAUCAUUGAGAUUUAUCGUAUUACUUUUACUCACGAAAAUGGCUGCCGCGGAAUUUAAAAUGAAUAAUAUCUAAGUUAGAUCUAGGCCUAGAUCAGUCAUAGAUGUGGACCUAGAAUUAGUCAUGUACGGACUUUGACUGAGAUGACGGCGAUUUAUCAUAUAACAAGGAUCCAAGUAAUAAUUUUAUAAAACAAAUAAUACAUAGCAUUUUGUUCGAGCAUUAGUAAAAUUACCAACACUCGGUACCUUGUAUGGGUAAUUCUUACUAAUGCCCUCACUGCAUGCAGUGCAUUGUUUGUCUAAUAUUAUCUAGUCCAUUGUAUUUGUAUACAUUUAUUUUCCUGUCCCAUACGUUUACAAAUAUUUUGGCGCCUAGUUAAAAUCGAAAGUAGUGUUCCCCUCACUCUUUCGUCUGACCCGAGCUCUAAUGGCGCCAUCAAUCAUCAGACUAUUAUCUUUGACGUAAACCGUAGCAUAUGGGACAAAUAUCCCAGACUUAGCCGCAUACGUCACCAACCGUGGUGACUUAAAGAUAAACUCCCAGUUCUGGUAAAAAAUGAAAAU